AGUACACGCCCGUGACCUGUUUCAUGGACGAGCUUCCUUGGAAACGUCAUUACGAUCCUCGACCAGUGUCAACUCUUAUGACACCAGCCUUACUGAUAGACCUGAAGAAACUGAAAAGAAACUGCACAAUAAUGAGGGAACGGUGUCGUCUCCUUGGCAUCUCACUGAGACCUCACAUGAAGACAGCGAAAACAUGGGAAGCUGGCUUCUAUAUGACAAAUGGUACACGGAAGCAAAUUGUUGUUUCCACGUUUGCUGAGGCAACAUUUUUUGCUGAUGGUGGUUUUGACGAUGUGAUCUAUGCUGUACCCAUUACGCUAUCCAAAAUGAAUCGUGUGAGGGAACUCACGGCUCGUUUAGAAUCAUUUCAGUUUAUGACAGACAGCAUGGAGGUGCUAAAUGGUAUUACAAAAAUUCCGCCACCUGUUGGGAAACACUGGUCCAUGUUGGUUCAACUAGAUGUAGGAUAUGGCCGAUGUGGAGUGAAACCAUCGAGUUCACUUGCAUUGGAAAUUGUAAGAGAAAUGGCGAGCUGUGACUUCAUUGAUUUUGUCGGUCUUUAUACACAUUGUGGACAGUCAUAUGCCUGUACUGGAGCAAUUGCUCAUGUUACUGUUGCAAGUCAUGCACGAGAUGAGAGUGUGAAACUAGCUAAACAGCUAGAAGCUGAAGGAAUCAGUUGUCGUUGUGUUGGUAUUGGAUCUACUCCUGGAUGUAGUCAUAACCCCAGUGAUAUGACUGGAAUUACAGAGUAUCAUCCAGGAAAUUAUGUGUUCUAUGACAUGCAGCAGGCUGGACUUGGAUCGUGCUCAGAGUCUGAUAUUUCAAUUUGUGUUCUUACCACUGUCAUCAGUCAUAACCAAGAAACAGGACAAUUGAUGAUUGACUGUGGUUGGAUGGGCACGAGCAUGCAAUGUGGUGAUGAACCCAUAGGUUAUGGUCAUUUUGUUGGAGAACCUAGUCUCAGAAUUGCAGGAUUUAGCCAAGAGGUUGCAAGAGUAGUUUCUACUCAAGGCCAUUUGAACUUUUCUAAAUAUCCAAUUGGAUGCACACUUCGUCUUUUGCCAUACCACUCAUGUGCUACUUCUGCUAUGCAUCCAGUACACUAUGUCUGUGACGAUGAUACCGUUAUAGAUGAGUGGGUUCCUGUGAAAGGUUGGUGACUGCAAAAGGAUCUCUGCAAUCCGGAUACCUUUGAGACGUUUUUAAGUACAAUUUUAAAGACAAUAUCUGAUAAUGACAAUAUCUUAUUAACUUGUUAUUCAUGAUCGCUCGAAUCUAUGUGUAACUGACAAGAAUUGUGAUGUUCAGGAUUUCUUAGAAAACAAUUUGAGCAGUGCACUAUUUAUA